UAGAACUCAACAAAAGGGCGGAUUUACCCGCGCUGAGCCGGAUCUUCGCAGCCAGCCGGGAAAGGAGCCGCGGACCAUACACCGCGCAUGACCGGCGCGCGUUGCCAAGGCAACCCGAAAAGGCAUACCGGAAGCCCAGGCCCUCUGCACUCUCCCGGUCCAGGACAGUCGUGCCCUCUGGGCUCAUUCUCCUGGGUCCCUGACCCCAGUCUUCACCGGAGCAAAGCAGAUGAAGGGCUGAAUCGGAGGCGAUGUGGUGGCCACCUGCCCAGGAGCCCGAGGACUCAAGAGAGGAGCCAGGAGAGCCGACCCAGUGGGACGCUAGUGGCUCGCCACAAUUUCCUGAUGAGACCCUCAGGCCCUUUACUGGUGAGGUCCUGAGUUCAGGUUCUUUCAGCUCCUCUGCAGAGGAGCAAUCUUGUUCCUACAUCUCUGAGAGCAAACUAGAGAGUGAUGAGCCGACUACAAGCUCGGAGGGAAGGAACCAGCAACCUGAGCUUUCAGAUUCCCAAAGGAAUGAAAAUAAGGUGAGCGAAAAAUGGAUCAGUUACCUCAAGGGCAAAAAAACCCACUCUGAAGAAUGCCAGUCUGACAGUAGGCUCCACAUAGAAGUCCCUCGGGCAUCGGAGGAAGAACUGCGCGCCCUGCAGUCUUUUUGUUCUGUUAAAGUAAACUUGAUUUAUCGCAGAGAGAACUCAAAGGCCAAGAAGGGCAGUAGACAUAAAAGGCUGCAGUUCAGAUUGGAUGCGGAGACUCCGGAGGUAGAUGCUUUAAACUGUACUAUUCCUGGCGAACUUUUGAACAGAAUCUAUUUGGAAAAUACAAGGGCAACUCUAAAACAAAUGGCCACAGCUAAGCAGCACGUUUCUGCUAAGUGCCCCAGUUGUCUGAGCAAGAGAGCAGAGCUGGCUCAGUCUGACUUCCUGAAACGAAAGAAGACUUUACUGGAGUCGCUUCUACUCCAAGAGAAAAUAGAUGAACAUCUUCAUACCACGGACUUUCUCACCCGUGUUGGGGAAGCACACCAGAGCCUUCCCAGGCUUUCGGAUGAUCCGACAAAAAUCUGGAAAAGACUGACAGAGAAAAUUCAGAUGGGAAGCUCCGAUGUUGAAAGGGCAGAUGCAAAGCACAUGUAGGAGGAUGUGCUGUCAUUCAUCUGUUUCUUACCACUUCUCAAGCCACUUACCUAACCACACAGGAGACACAGACUGCUAAUAAUAAUAAAUAAUGUGACCAAUCAGGAGAUGGUGACUGUUAAUAUGUAAUGUGCAUAGAUGUUCGUAUUGUAUAUUUGAGCAAUUAUAUUUUUGUACAGGGAAUUUGGAAACUAAUGUCUUUCUUACACUUCCUUCACAGAAUUGAGGAAUAAAUAAUUCCACCCAAUGUGAUGUUCAUAUUACAAAAGCUAGCUGGAAUAGUUAGUUAUACAGCUUUUAUACCCUAGGAGAAAGACAUUGGUAGUUUGGAAUGAUGUGUUGACAGACAAGUACAAAGAUGUAAGAUAAUUAGGAAGUAGUAACUGUGGUUUGGGUGAUGAAAUAGCUACAGCCAUUUAAUAAAUGGAAUUUAAUAAAAACUAAAUGUUAAAGUUUUAAUAAACUAAUGUUAAAAAGGCACUAAGAUUCUGACUUUUAUACUUGGAUGAAUGAAAAUUUCCUUAAGGUCAGAACACUAGAAGAUGUCCAUGAUUUAUGGAGAGACUGAGUGUAAUCCUUUGUACCCAAGUAGCUUGAGGUGUUUUUGAAACAGACUCAUUGAGUUGUGGGGAAGCAGGUUAUUUGUACUUGUAGUCUAGAGGAAAAAUCUAGAGCUUAGAAAGAAAGGAGGGAGGAAGCAGGCAGGGAAAUCAUUGCUAUUUAGUUGGAAACUGAAUCCCAUAAGAUGGAGUGAACAUUUCUAGAAGUGAAUACAGAGACAGAAACAGGGUGAGAACCAGUUCCUGAGAAAUGACAAUGUCUAGGGGUAUGAGAAUUUUCUUGCACACAGUAAAGUAAGGCAACAGUAUGCAUCUAGACUGCUUGAAAGCUUAGCUGCUGGCAGAGAAGGCUGAUGCUGGGACAUGUGUAAGACUGAAAAGGAAAGACUUUGUUUAUAAGGAUUUUUAUGAAACACCUAAUGUUUGUCCUAAUUUCCAUUUUAAGGAAAUUCAUUUUUUAGGAGUACUGUGCCUUCUAUGGGAAAAUAGUACAUAACACUUUACAAAUUGUAUUUAUGAUUUAUAUUUCUAUAAAAAUAAGAAAUCUUAACAUUAGUGGCAUAACCUGGAGGUUGUUUUUCUACAUGUCAUAUGCCUAACUUAUUUUAGUGAAAGAGAAAUUUGUUUGCAAAAAUAAGCACAAAAGAGUCUUUGUAUCAUUAUACUCUAGCUUUACUCUUUGAGUUGAGCCUUCAUUUAUGUAUGAAGAUGAUCUUUUUCCAUAAAAAAUGACUACAUUCCUACAUAAAAUGGAAAAAUUGUUCCCGUUUACAUAAUGACUUUUCAUUUGAAAUCCAUAUUAUGUCAUACUUUAUCUUUGGUUC